GAAAUAGAAUUUCAAAAUAGUUUACCAGAAACCGGUCGGAUUGAAUCGAUACUGAGAUAUUCUUUCUGCGCUUCGCUGUUCAUAUAGGUUUACUUUUAAGGGUUUAAAGAUGUCUGAGCUUGAAGAAAUUGACGAAGGAUUUUAUUCCCGGCAACUGUAUGUGUUAGGUCGUGAGGCAAUGCAGCGGAUGGGUGAGGCUAACAUCCUGAUAGCUGGCAUGCGCGGCCUGGGUGUGGAGGUAGCGCACAACGUCAUCCUCUCCGGGGUGAAGUCCGUCACGGUGCAGGACGAGGGCCAGGUUCUGUGGGAGCACUUGAGUUCCCAGUUUUUCCUGCGCGAGGCUGACCUCGGCCAGAACCGGGCUGAGUGUUCCCUCCCCCGGCUGGCCAGUCUGAACCCCCGCGUCCAGGUGUCUGCCCACACCGGCCCACUGCAUGAAGACAUGCUCAUGCAGUACCAGGUGGUGGUCCUCACUGACUCCACGCUGGAGGAGCAGAAGCGUCUGGGGAACCACUGCCACUCCCAUGGGAUCCGGUUCAUAGUGGUCGACACCCGGGGACUCUGUGGUCAGUUGUUCUGUGACUUUGGCGAGGAGUUCACCGUGCUGGACCGGGACGGGGAGGUGCCAAUGACUGCGAUGAUAAAUUACAUCACUAAGGGUAAUCCUGGCCUGGUGAGCUGUUUGGACGAAGAGAACCACGGUUUUCAAGAUGGCCACAAAGUUUCCUUCUCUGAGGUUCGGGGCAUGGCAGAGCUCAACACCAUGGGUCCUCAGGAGAUCAAAGUCAUCAGUGGUCAUUCGUUCUCCAUCGGUGACACCUCUGGCUUUACUGAGACCGGCCAUGGUGGAGUAGCGACCGAAGUCAAACAGCCCUCGACAAUUAAAUUUAAACCAUUGGAUGAGGCGUUAAUGGACCCUGAGUUGCUGGUCAUGACUGAUUAUGGGAAGAAGGCAAGGCACCAGACCCUGCAUCUGGCCUUCCAGGGCCUCCAUAUGUUUGUCCAGAAGGAGCACCGACUUCCCAAGCCCACGUCUCAGGCAGACGCUGCUGUGCUGCUGGACAUAGUGAGGGGGCUGAACGCGUCGGCCCAGCUGGAGACGCUGGACGAAGACGUGGUUCUGCUCCUGGCCCGCACAGCUCGGGGGGAUCUGGCCCCGCUCAACGCCUUCAUGGGAGGGGUCGCUGCUCAGGAAGUGCUGAAGGCCUGCAGUGGGAAGUUUAAACCUCUUAUACAGUGGCUGUACUUUGAUGCACUGGAAUGUCUUCCCAAAGACGUCGACAACAAAGACGAGCAACUGAGUGACAGCACCUUUUCACCUGACGGUUCGAGGUACGACGGCCAAAUCGCUGUGUUUGGCUCUAAAUUCCAGGAGAGACUCGGGAAGCUCAAGUAUUUCCUGGUGGGAGCUGGUGCUAUUGGCUGUGAGCUGCUGAAGAACUUUGCCCUCAUGGGCCUGGGUGCUGGGGAGGGGGGACACAUCACUGUCACAGACAUGGACUCCAUAGAGCGCUCCAACCUGAACCGACAGUUCCUGUUCCGGUCCCAAGACAUCGGAAAAAUGAAGUCGUCUGUGGCGGCGGAAGCGGUGCGAGAGAUGAACCCCAGUGUGAACAUCACAGCCCACCAGAACCGGCUGGAUCCGGAGAGCGAGCGCGUCUACGAUAGGUCCUUCUUCAGGGGUCUGGAUGGCGUGGUCGCAGCCCUGGACAACGUGGAGGCCAGGGUCCAUCUGGACAAACUCUGUGUGCUGCACCAGAGGCCCAUGCUGGAGGGCGGGACCCUAGGGACCAAGGGCCACACUCUAGUGGUGGUCCCACAUCUGACCGAGUCCUACGGACAGCCCAAGGCCGAUACCGAGGGGGCCAUCCCACUGUGUACGCUGAAGAACUUCCCUCACCGUAUCGAACACACUCUGCAGUGGGCCAGAGACCAGUUUGAGGGGUGGUUCAAACACGUGCCGGAAAAUGUCAAUCUCUUUCUGAGGGACCCGGGCUUCGUAGAGCGGACACUGGGCCGUGGUGAGGCCGAGGCGCUGGAGGUCCUGGGGGGGGUCUUUGGAGCCCAGGGUCACCGGCCCACCCGCUGGGAGGACUGCGUGCGCUGGGCGCGCUGUCGGUGGGAGAGCCUGUUCAGCGAUGAGCUCCGACAGCUCCUGCACUGUUUCCCCGCUGAUCAGCUCACCACAUCAGGGCUGCCCUUCUGGUCGGGGACCAAGCGGUGCCCGCGCCCACUGACCUUUGACCAAAACAAAGACCCCCAUAUGCAGUACAUCGUGGCGGCCGCUAACCUCUACGCGCACAUCUAUGGGAUCGCCGGGACAAGGGACUGCGCUGCCAUUAGAGUAACUCUGAGAGACACCCCCGUGCCCGCCUUCGUGCCCUCCUCCAGGCUCUCCGACAGGCCCAUCACGGAGGAGGACCAGGAGCGGGGGAUCACUGACGACGGCAAGGCCCGACUAGAGCAGCUGACAGAGGCGCUGUGUUCCCCGGCGCUGGAAGGCCCCGCGAUGCACAUGCACCCUGUGGAGUUUGAGAAGGACGACGACAGCAACUUCCACAUGGACUACAUCACCGCCGCGUCCAACCUCCGAGCAGAGAACUACGACAUCCCUCCAGCGGACCGCCUCCAGGUUUCAAACCCUAAUCCCUCAAGAGGCCCCCCUCUCCAGCCCAUCACCCAGCCCGGUGCAGGCCUGACAGAGUAUGGAAGCAUGCUCCUCAUGGCCAUUGGCCACUGGGAACCACGUGCACCAACUGUGACCUUCUGGGCCGAGGAACUGCCAAGGCCUGGACGCCUCCAUGUGUGGCGCGUCUCUCGGCAGGUUGCAGGAAGGGAGUUCACCCUGUGGGACGACUUCCCGGUGGAGGGCCGACGGGACGCUCAGCAGGAAAUGACCUUGGAGGGGCUGCUUACACAUAUGAAGACGGAGUACAACCUGCAAGUCAGCGGUCUGUACUACGGGCCUGCUGUUCUCUACAGAGUCACCUCCGAACACAAGGACCGACUGAGGCAGAGUGUAUCUGAUGUGGUGCGAAUGGUGACCAAAUCAGAGAUUCCUCCGCACACACACAUUCUGGAGAUCUAUGCCUCGUUUGCUGAAGACGAAGACUGUGAGGACGUUCCACCCAUCAGGUACCUGCUCCAGUGAGGUCACUGAGGUCAACAGCGGAGCUCUCUUCUUCAUUUCUUUCGAAGAUCCAAUGUUAUAAGGGUCAAUGGUGUUUCAAAUAUUGGGCAAAGACGACUAAACUACUGCUUUUUACCUCCCUUCUGUCAUUACGUGAAAUGAAAGGUUUUAAUGUGCUUGUAUUUUUUAAAAUACAAUUUUAGGCCAUCUGUAUGUUUUAAGUGCACUUGUGUCCAGUCACACAAUUGCAAUGUUCUAUGCACUUGAUAGGCUCUUCACUCAUAUAAACCACCAAAUGUAUCAAAGACAGUGAUAUGCUCUCUCUAAAGUCUGAGGUUAAAACACCUCUGUCCUGCCAGGCCUUAAACACAUCUAUUAUUGGGAUUUUUGUUGCUGCCAAAUAUUUUUCAAUUGUAGAUGUUCUGGUAACAGGAUAAUCUGUUUAACUGUAUUAGUAUUUUAGUUUUCAUGUAGGCGCCAAUUGUAUCUGCAUGUGGGGAUGGCAAUCUGUAUUCAUUUAUAAAACUUCUCGCUGGCUCCAGCAGCCAAGGUCAUUUGAUCUUAAAGUUAAUCAACCUUUAAUCAACGAUGCAAAUAGAUUUCCAUUCUUAAUGCUGUGACUGUUUUUGUUGAUGAUUAGCUGCUUUCAUGACCAAGUGUCACAAUAAAGGUGAAUCUGCCAAUGAGGAA